AUGAACGACGGCGGCGACGGCGACGGUGGAAACUAUGAGACCGGUGGCAGUGGUCACGGUGUCGCGUACUGGAUGUCGUGGAUGUCGUGGAUGUCGUGGAUGUCGUGGAUGUCGUGGAUGCCGAGAGAUUGGAAGCGCGAGCGUGCAGCCAGCCGGCGGGGAGCAAAGAAGAAGAAGAAGAAGAAGAAGAAGAAGAAUAGUAAUAACGAUAAGGAGGAUCGUAGACGAUGCGUUGGACAUUACAGACCGAAGAGAAACGAGGGUUUUUCUCGCGUGAUCGGAAUAGCAACGAUCGUGGCGGUUGUUGCAACGGCAGUGGCGGUGGCGCUUUGCGUGCCAGCCGCGUCGGCCGUGCCGAUGUUGUCGCGGGAGAAUCCGCUCUCUCGAACCGGUCCUCGGCACGACCUCGACCGCUCGACCGGUCUCGAGGACGUCUACGAGGACGCUUUCCGAGAAGAGGAUCGACCGACGACGGGGACCAUUCUCAACGAGACCGAACUGGAUAUUAUCAGAAGGAGCAUCGCGCGAAGUCUCGGCCUCAAGAGGAUACCCGACCCUUCCAAGGCUAACGUCAGUCAAGCCGAAUACGAGAGGGCACACAGAGAGUACCUAACGAGAAUGCAGCCGUCGUUCGGCGAGCAAACUUUCCACGGAGAGAAGAAGCUGUACGUGUUUCCCGCUACAGCGUAUCCUGGAAACGAAUCGAACCAACUGGCCGAGACCACCGAGAGGGAAAAACCUUAUCGUCACUCGUUGUUCUUCCCCGUGGAAAUUCCUCAGAAGGAUAUAGAUCGAACGACGGUGGAUCACGCGACCUUGCGCCUGUUGCUCCACGGCCCAACGAUCGACCAGUACAUCGAACGCUCCGAGCUGGACGUUCUGCUCUACGUCAGAGUGUCGUCUCGUCGUUCGAGAAAGUUGAUCGAUCGAAGAAGAAUUCGCACGCAGGACUGGCGAAACUCCAGAUGGCUCGAGCUCGAUGCCACUCUAGCCGUUUCCUCGUGGCUCGAGGCUACGCUUGAAAACCUGGGCCUCGAAUUGGAAUUUUUGCUAGACGGCGAUGAACCGGUGCGACGUACCUUUUCCUCGCCGGUUCUCAAUGUCUUCACCACCAGCGGCUCUUCCUUGCCGAGUAGUGACAGAAUUAAACGUUCUUCGCCCGAACAGUUCAUGUCUCUGCACAAAGGUCGUAGGACAAAGUGCAAAGGCGAGAGUAAAAAGUGUUGCAGACACGAGCUUACCGUUAUGUUUAAGGACCUAAAAGGUUUCGAAUUUAUCGUUUCCCCUAAGACUUUCGACGCCGGAUAUUGUAAAGGACGAUGCCCGCCUAGAUACAAUCCGGCUCAUCAUCAUGCCCUUUUGCAGAGUUUAUUGUGGAAGGAAGAUAGAAAAAAAGUGCCUAAGCCAUGCUGCGCGCCGAGCAAACUCGAUCAAUUGAUGAUCGUUUAUUUCGACGAGAACGAUUCCACGCAGUUGAAAGUCUCGUACUGGAAAGACAUUCAAGUACUCGAAUGCGCUUGUUCCUAAAAGAAAAGAAAAAAAGAAGACUUUCGUCUUUCCUUGGACAAUUUACUCCGGAUAAAUCGGAUAAACGACCGCGACCAACCGAGUGAAUAAAUCGACGAAUCGUUGAUAUAUCUGUGAGCGAACAACGAACGAACGAGCGAGCGUGCGAACCAACGAACGAAUGAACGAACGAAUGAACGAACGAAGGAACGAACUAACGAACGAACAAGCGAGCGAAUCGAAGCGAAUGAUGAAAUGCGCGUAGUUUUAUCAAAACUACGCCAUCAUACGGAACGGUAAAUACAGAAAUUGUAAAAAUAAUGAUUACAGAGUCACAAAAGGACAUGAGUUUUCAUAGCCGAAGACGACUCACCAAAGAAUCGUCCGAAUAGCGUUCGGUAGUGUCACCUAUCCGUCGUUCUUCGCGACAUAGCGAAAAUACUCGUUGUUAACGUAUCGCGCGAAACUUUCUUUACCCGCUCAAUCUUUUG